CUAGCGUAUUGAGCGCUGUUAUUAUCUAAGGUAUAUAGCAAAGUGAAUGUAGUGUAACCAUAUCGAUAGAGUAAGAUCUCAGAACUGCCAGAACUUACUUAUUUUCUCAAAUCUUGGUGCAUUUAGUAGCAUCUAUAUGUAUGUACUUCCACCGCUUGCAUACUUGCGAAGUCGGAUAAUGGUACAAUUUACAUAUGCUAGGUAAAAAAGCACUACCAGAGUCAUCCUGUGGCCCAUAACUUCAGACAGACACCUUGGAAAACCUAAAAAAGCUUCAAAACAUUCAAACAGCACUUUUAAGAGAAAUAACGUUGCGAAAAUCAAGUAUCUUGUAAACAGGAGUCGCCGAGUUCUGCCACGAAUCAGUUUACCAUAUUUCAGACAUAAUCAUUACUUAGAGGCCAAAUUCCAAAUCAAGUGGAACUAGCACGCAUAGGCAAACACGUUGCAAAUUAAAAGAAUCGAGAACCAAACAGUCAUCAAAGAUAAUAAGAGGGAGGGGACAGCAAACUGCCAUAGAAGGCUAUUUUCGGCACUAAAACGAUGAAGACAUAUUUAUUUUUCUUCAAUUACCCAUGGCAACACUGCAGUACCACCUUACCUGACAGCCUGAGGCUAUGGGCCAGGAGUCACCUUCAGCGACGUCACGGCGCGGUGCGGCGUUUUCAUCUUCACCGCCGAUACCAGUUCCAAGACAAAGAAGAACCUCGGCGAACACAUGCACACCAGACCGGCCAUCGUGAUGAUGAUGACCGGUCCAAGACAAGCCACGAAAAGUUGUGGUUCGACUCGGCUCUUCGAACAUUUCAUUUCACUUUCGUUUAGGUAUUCAUUUGCUACGAUCAGAUGUUUCUUAUUUUUAAUUGUACACUUGCAAGAUAGUCGUAGUACUAAGAUCAUACCAAUCCACAAACAAGGGUGACUGGAUGAGAUGUCUAAUUAUAGCAUCAUUGCAAUGAUACCCAUUUUAGCAAAAUACUCGAAUCUGUCAUAAACAAGCAAAUUAUCUCGUUUUUUUAAAGAAAUAGUCCUUUUUCUGCCAGUCAAUAUAGAUUUCGAUCGAAAAAACCUCUGCAAUAAUAGAUCUUACAGAACAUGUUAUCUGAGUCUUUGAUGAAGGUAAAAUAACAAAUGCAGCUUUCUAUGACUUAACCAAAGCUUCUGGCUGUUUACUUGUUUAAGAUGACUUCGGCUUCUAUGCAAAUUGCAUAAAUCUAAUUUAGUGAUAGAUAUCAGCAUGUUUCAUGCAAUGAUAAUCUUACAAAUAAACAGUAUGCAGUGCCUCAGGGCUCUGUACUUGGGCCAACCCUAUUCUUCUAUUCAUGCCAGAGUGAGAAUCAGGUGUCAUGCGAGUUCCGUAUGUACGAAUCAGUUGAAAACUAAACAACUAAAUUUUAAUCUGGAACACUUAAAAAGAAAAUUCCGAAUCUGUUAAAUUUUUAGGAGCACUAUACUUUGACGUGGGAGCAGCUUAUCAGUUAGCUGUCAAAAACAUUAUCAAGAAGCAUUUACCUGAUUAAAAAUCUGUCUUAUAUUAGCAGACAAAUAACGUUGAUAGGACGAUAUUAUAGGUAUCUCCACUCUCAUGUUAGCUUCUAAGCUAUUGACUAGGAUCAAUCCUGCCUUGCCAAGUUAAUUUUUGCACUACAGAGGCGCGCUGCAUUAAAAUACUCGUAUUAACUUCUGUCUCCCUCUCUUUCUCUUAUGAUGCUUGUUGUAGAAAUGCAUUUAGAGAUCUCAAUAUCCUCACACUACUCAUCGUAAAAAUUAUACUUUUCCGAUAUGAUCUGUGUGAAGCAAUAAUGAAAAUAAAUAUGUUUGUCCACGAAGAAGCGACAAAGUAUU